AAGAUAAGAUGGCGAUAGUGCGGAAUUUCUUUUAUGGUUUGCUGCAAAUGAGGAGGCAUUAUGCCCGGUAUGGUUUCAGUUAUCUUUGACAUUGACUAGUUGACUCAUUUUUCUGUUACUUAGUUCAUGUCAUGCUUUCAGACUGGCAGAAAUCGGGCGUUUUCAGGAACUUAAAACCAGCGGAAAAUAUGAACCUGGACAGGUAAUAAACUUCAGCUUUCGUGACGACUUAACGGUACGAUGACGAUAGAGAGUUGAGAAUUUUCACGCUGUGCGAAGGGAGGUGUAAAAAUUCUAGGGAAAGGGACUAAAUUAGUUGCCUAAACAACAGAAUGCAGGGACUGACUUAGGAAUCAUCCCAUAUCAUUAAAAUUAUGUACAAAAGCAUCUAUUGUUGAGCUCACAUGUCACGUUCUUCAAAGCCCUCGGACAAAGUGGACGUGAAUGUUCCUGAAUCACGAUUCUCCAGAAAAUCUGAAGAAGAAAGAGAACAACACUUAAUGGGCGAAAACUGAUUUCUGGAUUAAAAGAUUCAUCUUUUAUGUGGCACAGCUGUGUGAAUGGGUAGAUAAUAGGUAUGGGAUGAGGUUGCAGGAGUAGCCCCCUCUUUCAUUGGAGGAGUCCAGGAUUUUGGGUCACAUGAGGCACAACUUUUAUCUUUGUGAAAAAUGUGUUUCAUGAGAUGAAUACUGCAAGAUCCUUAAACAUUUGUUGCCCAGAUUGGUUUGAAUUUAGAAGCAUGCACUUUUCUAAUGACUUGAAUUGUUCCUUUAAUUUUUGCAUAGCUGUUCCUUCACAGAAUAUUUGGCUACAGAGGCGUCAUACUUUUCACGUGGACAGCAAGGGUGUAUGAUCGGGACAAGGAAACAAGAGAAAAUGAAAAGUUAGUCACAGCAAAAGGCUUUAACCCAUUUGUCCUUGGCACAUUUUCCAACAAUGGGCUAUUGCAUUUUAUAUCCGUACCCCCCCGCCCCCCCGGUUGAGGACUUACCUUUUCUUCUUACCCCUGAUGAAGACUUAUAUAAAAUAUGGCUUUACCCCUGAAGACCUGGAUCAUACCCCUGAAGAAUAUGGGUUCACCCCUGAAGGAUUUUGUGAAAAUUAAGGCUUCAGCCCCAAAGAAUUCCAUAUUUUUUUUUACUCUACACCUAAAGAAAUCCUCAAUUUUUUUUAACUUACCCCUGGAGAAUUCCAUGGUUCCUCAACCGGGGGGUGCGGAUAUUAAAUGCAAUAGCCCAAUGCCAUUUGAAACAUGUCUGGUUAAAACCUGGCCGAGAUGGAUGACGCAGCCUCUUGUUCUUGAUGAUAAAUAUGUACUCUUGAUGGUAAAUACUUGUGCCUGCCCAAGCUUGGAAGGCUCAAGUGCUUAUGUGCCAGGGCUGUGCUCUUGCUGGUUGGGGUGAUAAGUGCAAAAAAGAAGGUCUCAUAAUUUCAGACCUGUAGCAGUUGGCAUCUCCAGUUUAUACAUGUAUGAUAAUUUAUGUGUACCUUCAGGUCAUUAAUGCAUGUUAUUCUGUUAACAGGUCAUUUGAAGAGAAUGGAUCUUUCAAUCCUGGGAAAGAAAUAAAAGCUGAAACACAGACUUAUUACCAGGCACUAAUCGAUAACAGGGAUUCUCCAUUUAUUGUAAGUUUCAGUUUCCUUUGUCAUAAAACAAUUAUCCUUAUUAAUAAUGGUAGUACGACUGAGUGGAGUCCAGUUCCAUCUUUAACCAUACGAUUGAUUAAUCAAAAUUGGAAAACUGUCUACAGGGUGUUGGAUUUGGUUAAUUACGAAUAUGAUUUUCGACCAAAUUGAACGACAUGAAGUUCUGUUACCAAUGAUUUAUAAUCAUGACUAAAACAAAAGUUGUUAUAGUUUAAACUUUUCUUUAAAUUAAUACACAAGAUCUUCUGAGAGUUUUUUGCUACAUGAGAAUAAAGAACCUAUUUAACAGUUUGGGAUAAAUUAUAGGCUAGUAGGUAUUGUGAAGUAGGUACAUGUACACAGGUCAGUGUGUUUCAAUAUGGGGUGGACACGACCCAAGGGCCAGCUAAGGAUCAGCAAUUAUGUCAUCUUUAUGCUAUUUUUUUUUAUUUCAGAGAGCUCAACCUGAGAUUGUAACAUUUCUUGGGUAUGAAAGUGACAAUGCGCUCUACUCAAUUCCAGGCAAGCACAUAGUUAAAUCUGUUUCUCUUUAACAAUUUCAGAAACUGUAACUUGAACCGAAAUGUACAGAAUGGAUCUAAAACUGCCAGUCAUACAUUUACUUAUAUAUCCAUCAACAUGACCUUAAAAUUACUGGUAAUGUUGGUGAAAGUGCUGGUUUGUAGAAGUGUACCUGUAGGCUCCUCCCUGUGUAACUAAUUCUUAUGUUACUGUAUUUUAGGUCUGGACUACAUAUCUCAAGAAGAUGUUCUUCCAUACACAGUUUCAGAUGCAUUUUCUCGUCCGAUUCAUCAUGAGCUCUUUGACAGAUUCUUGUAUCCUGAACCAGGGAAAGGUAUUAAAAAUACCAAUGAUGAAAUAAAUAUUACCUUUUAAUUCCAGCACUGACUACAGUCGCUGAGGUCAAAGAUGGUGUAAAAAGAAAAUUAUUCACGAUUGUCUCCAUGCAAGACAGUGGUGCAUUAGGUUAUCUUUUGCUGCUUUUUAUGCAAAAAUAUUCAUAAAACAGCUAUGCAAAGACCAAACUGACCAGUCAGAGCAUGCACUUUUGUUUUGUUAUAGAAGUAUUUUUUUUAUGACAGGCAUUCAUUAUUCAUACUAAGUGUUCUGAAAUACAAAGGUAGCCUCAAAUGCAGACAUUCCUUUGAACUGUCACACAUUCCUCAAGGAGCAAAAUGUUACAAAAGGCUACUGGAAACCUUGACUAAUAGUGUGGUUUUGACUAUAAAUUUCUUUUGUCUACUGUCAACAUUAUGUUCGUAGUCUAGAAACAGGCCGGUUAUUGCAUAUUGCAUUAACUUCUGUCAAAAAGUGAUAUUUUUGUACGUCCACUGUACUAGUACCACCUUUCGCACCUCGUGAGGCUCUUCAAGCAUGGCAGGAAAAGAACCACAAAUGGUUGGAACUGACAGAUGUGCACAGAGAAACACAUUCUAAUGUUAGGAUCACUGUCAUGCCGUUUUACAUGGGAACUAAGGUGUGCAACUUUUUUCCGACCUCUGUUAUUUUGUACUUAUCAAUGGAAAGUAUUUAGACAUGUUUACCAGGUCUCCUUGAACUUGUGUGUAUUUAGCCACAAAAAUACUGUGAAUGAAGAAAUAACUGAACAUAUAAACAAAUAGAUUUGUGAAAAAAUACAUAUUAUUAUAAUAAAUCGAACUGAAGGAACGCCUGAAGAAAAUUUUUCUUUAACAGAUUCACUUUAAAAUGCACUGCUAAAAACUAGGAAUUCUUGGCUAUUUUAAAAAUUUUUUUUUUCAGUUUCACCGACAUGAUUCUGUAGAUUUAGAAAAAAAAAGAAAAUGAGAAAAUGAGAAAAAAACAGAUGACUUAAGGGAAAAUGCCGACUGCAACUAUAACACCUUAUCUUUAGAAGAACUGACUGAUUUUGUCAUACUUUCAGAACAACCUCUCAUCCCAGGACUACUGGGUGAGUAUUUAUAUUUCCUGUGUUAUACAUAACCUCAAGUUUCUUUGAAUGCUUAAAGGGUUGAUGAUUUUGAUUUUAUCACCUCCAAAUAGCAGCUCUUCUACCAUAUUCCAACUUUGGUCCCAGGGUUCUGUCCUACCCAUCCCUGUCAAGUCAAGAUUGACCAUCAAGAUUGACCAUAUUCAGCGUGCAAAGAAAGUAGUGUACGAUAGCCCGGGGCUAGUGGAUUUUGCUAUUGGGCUAGUGAAUUCUGUUUUUAACUUGCCUGACAGGCAAGUGAUGUUUUUUGAAAAAUUCGAAUAACAGAAGAACUGUGAAGUCAAUUCUUCCCGCCAAAAAGCUUUCGGGGCUAGUUGUAAUGACGUCUGGGCUAGUAAAUGCUAGCUUUAGCUUGCCCGAAUAACAAGCUGUAAAAAUGAUUUUCUUUGCACCCUGCAUAUUCCUGAUCAAACUGGAAUUUGAAAAUUUUGGUUUUUGAGUAGAGGAGAAAAAUGUCUUGGAGCAAAGAGUACAAACAAAUAGAUGAAUAAACUCAUUGGCAUCACUGCCAUUAUUAGCACUCAUUCAUCCCCAGUCCACACUGGAGGAAUGUGAGUGAUGAAAAAGUAACUUUGCCACCCUUUAUACCCAUAUUAUAGAGGGACACCAAAAAAUUCCCCUCCUUAUUUCAGGUAGCCUGUGUGGAAGGCGUUCUAAAGGGAAGAGAAAGGCAAUCUGGUGCAUGGGAGAAGGGAGGAACCUUCCCUCUUCCUUGCACACCAUUCGCUCUUCUCGCGAGUCUGAAAUCCCCUUGUCCUUCCCCUCGGAAUGCCUGCCACGCAUGGUAUAUUUGAGGCUUCAGAGUUUCAACAACAGUAAGUUGGUUGUCACCUUGCCUUUCUUAAAGACCCAGAUAACAAUGACUGUGUAUGAGACUAUAGAACCGAGUUAGUGGCCUUAAAGUUCAGUUAGAAUAAAGACCUGCUGAUAGGCUGGAAUGCAGCUUAUUUUAUUUGCUGACUAAUUAUUACACUUCUCACAAGAUUAGAUGUUAUUGUUUCAGUGGCGAUACUGCAUCAGAAUUGAGAAUCUUGGACAGGAAAUUGUUCAACUUCGAGAAAGACACUGGAGAAUAUUUAGUCUGUCGGGCACACUGGAGACUGUCAGAGGGAGGGGUGUGGUGGGACAGGUAAGGCUUUUUGGUGAAAAAAGACGCCUGAAGAAAAUACACAAUCUUUCUUUCCAAUCUUUCUUACCGCGAGGAUCAUUUCCACUUUCAUAUCUUUAUCCGCAGUUCAAAAUAUGAGUCAUUUCAUAUAUUUCCGCUUACUUUCCUCUGCCAAGAAGGGUUUACGGUCAUCUCGCCACCAUCCAACUCGCCACCAAGAAGUCAGCUCGCUGCCAACCAGCUCGCCACCAGCUGUUAAGUCUGCGUAGAUUGGAAGAUUGGGAGCAACAAGCCAAGCACCCCGGGCAUAACAAUCCACUGGUCGACGGGGGUUAUCGUUUAAGAUCUUGUCUUAUCUUAGGCGAGUAGACUGUUUUUUAGUGGCGAGUUAGAGUUUACUUCUUAGUGGCGAUUUCGUUGGUUGCGAGAUGGUUUGGUGGCGAGGUGACCGGUUAUCGUCCAAAAGACGCCCUAGGAACAGGUCUGAAUUUUCGAAAAUUUUCUCUUAAGGUAGAAAUCAUCGUUGCCUUGCUUUCUAUUUCUGAGAUCCGUAUUGAAGGUAGAUUUGUCUUCUCCAUUUUUUCCGAACACAACUAACAAGCUCUUAACAAAAGGUAGGAAAGUUAAAACUGUGACGCAAAUGACAUGUGGCUGUUUAAAGAUUAAGGUAUCUCGGAAAGCCGAUUAAAGUUAAAAAUAACUCAGACGUUUCGGGAAUACUGUCCCUUUUUCUGUGAGGUUUUAAACAGCAAAAAAAGGGUUAACGUUAGAAAAUGAUUUCUCUGCUCACGAUUAUCUAAAACAAGGCUGAAAAUAAGUUACUGACGCCGUUUUGUGACUUAUAUAGGAACCUGUCUUGUCACCAGAGCAACCAGCUUUCCAAUAUAGCAGUCACGUGUCAUUACAGGCACCCAGCGGAAACAUGUGGUGAGUAAAGAGUAAGAAAAAACAUUGAACCCGUGCCGCACGGUAUACUGUCAGUAUUUGUAUGUUAUAAGUGACUUAGCCUGUACACAGACCCUCUAUUUUCUCUUUAGAGAUCGUCGAGCGCGCGCAUAUCACUAGAGACCUUUAUAUAUAUUCUAGAACGAGGACGAAAUUCGACUUAAAGUUUAAGUCGUGUAUUUUCAAAAAAAUAUACACCUCAGAAAGCUUCAUUGAACUUUUUUGCUCCAGAAAAGUUGGUAAUACUGUAUUAUUCUGAUUGAAGCACGUUAAGCCGUCUCCUGAUCCUAAAAUUAUAAAACUUCUAACAUUUGAUAACUUGUUUCCGCCACUAUGACAUUCUCGCUAAGGCCUGAUUUCCACUGUUGUGUAAUUUUUGCGUGGGAACCCGUGUAAAAUUUACGUACGUAAAUUAAAUUGAGGCAAUGUCUGAAAGGACACGCGUAAACGUGAAAGUUGAGCGAGGUUCAGCUUUUAGGUGUACGCGUGACCCGCCAUACUGUUCUAUUUUACUUUCGCGCAUAAAAAUUUCGUGCGUGCGCACGUAAAAAUUACGCGGUAGUGGAAAUAAACCCUAAAACUCGUAGUAGAAUGACGACGGCUACCACUUUUUCCCGCUAAAAUGACGCUGGUUCAAGUGCUCACACUACGUAAAGGUCUCUAAUAUAAAACCGCCGGGGAUUUAUUGACUGCAAGCUCAAGGAGGUGGGGGUGGUUAAAGGAAAAAGGAGUUUUUUUCUGUUUUUCUGGCGCUUCGCGCUCGUUCUCACACGCUGUCAAAUUCUUUAAAAAAUAAAAAAAAGAAAGGAAAACAUCCCUGGACAGGCUAUAAGUGACUUGGUUUGGAAACACUAUUCCACUGUAAUGUCAUACAUUUACGGAGGAGAAACAAUACUUACUAUUCAUCUGUACGACAGAUUUCGUGAUGAUGGUUGCUUGUUAUUCUUGUUAAUACUUAUUAUUUUAGCUCAGGUUUGACUAAAAAAUGGUAUGACAGCCCCUUUAAGUAGCCUGCAGGCACUGUCUUAUUUUAGUGGAAUGACAGGCGAGAAGCGGGUUUUUGCUGUAUUAUCCUUCUUAUCGUUUUUCUUUUAGGGGGAAAUUCCGAUUUGAGCGCUCAGAUGGCAGCAUGUUUGAAACUCCAAUUCCUCCCUUCGCAUUGGACAGCAGAAAAGAAGAUACACCGGAACCACCGAGAACGACUUGA